ACAAACAAAAAGUUUCCUAUUAAAGCAAGAGGGAACUGAGCCAGGUUCAGGAAGGCACAUUCUAAUGGGGAGAGAGGAACACAGAAAGUUGUGGAUUAAUGCAGAGUCCAGCACAGAGAGAAGUGCCUGCUCCCAGGCUCCAGAGACAACGUUCGGACCUCGGCGUUUGCCACUCAGUGGAACUCCUGGCCCUACUUCAGGUCACCCCUCCCUGCUCACUGCCACACUGUAUCUCUUCGUCUCUCCAGCAUUCCUCUCAAGCAAACCUGAGAUACAGAAUCCUGGCCAUUUCCCAACCUGAGCAGUCCUGCCCCUUCCACCAAUAUGGAUCCUUCCUCCCUCCGUUCCGUCUUCCCUUCCCUCCUUCCUUGAUAACCUUACUGGCCUCACCUCUUGCAGGAAGCCCUCUCUGAUGAUCCCUACACAGCAUGAGUUCAGUUUGGACUCUACUGUGCAAGUGGCCUCAGUCCCAUUUCCAUGCUGUGUCUGUUCAGACUCAUCCCUCCACUGGGGGCCUCCCAGGGCAGGGCUGUCUCCUCCCUUCCAGGGCUCCCCUCUUUGCACUGGGAUCUGCCCCAGCACCCAGCCCCGAUGUCGCACCUGACCUAGUCCCUUCUCCGUCUUUCUGUCUUGACAUCAGGGUAGUUCCAGGACCUGCAUCUUCUCACCAGGAUGAACUCACUGGUUUCCUGGCAACUAAUGCUUUUCCUUUGUGCCAUCUCCUUCAGGGAGACAUUUGAAAAGGUGGCGCCCAUGGAGCACCCUAGAACCACAGGCCCGCGGCUCGGACCCCCGGCGCUUCGGGCCCCCUGGGAGCAGAGCCGGCGGUGUGAGGAGACCAAGCCCGCCGAGGUCGGGCCGAGCCGUCGGGGGGCGUCGCUGUGCCCCGGCGCCGAUGGGAUCGUUUGCCUUCUGUCUCUCCAUUGGCUCUUUAGCCGGUUUGAAGACGGCUUUAGUGUUACCAAGGACUGUGCCUGUGAGACUCUGGGCUUCGGAGUUCUUGGCCCCAUGUCUCGUGAAGUCAUGGGCAUCUCAUGA